AUGCGAAAGGUAAAGCUAAAAAGGGCGCUCGAUCACCUUAUGGAGGAUGAGCAAGGACUUAACCAUUCAGCUUUACACUUCACCUUGCAUCAUGUGCUUGGACAUGGCUCGCCUCUAACCUCCCGGUCUCCGCUAUCCUUCUCCGAGUUACUAACUCGGGAUCAAGCACGAGUUAAGCAUCUCAGCUCCAGACUCACCAAGAAUAUAACAAGCAGUGUCACAGAAAACCCUUUUGGAUCAAAUCUCGUCAGCACACCCGUGAACUCUGAUAUGUCUGUUGGUGUGGGCCAUUACUAUGUCAAGGUUGGUCUUGGCACUCCACCCACUUACUAUCCCGUGAUUGUCGACACCGGCAGCUCCAUCUCCUGGGUGCAAUGCAAGCCUUGCGAGGUGCACUGCUACCAACAGGUCGUUCCCUAUUUCGAUCCCUCUGCAACAAGCACCUACAAAAGGUUGUCGUGCACAACACCCGAGUGCAAUUCAUACGAUAGCGGCCAUUGCACGCCCUCUAAUGAUUGCUCGUACGAGGCUAACUAUGGGGACAAUUCUUUCACUGUUGGCUAUUUGAGUCAGGAUUCACUAAGCCUAACACAAUCGGAAACACUGCCUGGUUUUGUGUUUGGGUGUGGGCAGAACAAUAGUGGGUCGUUCGGUAGGUCUGGUGGUCUUUUCGGCCUGGGUGGUAACAAGCUGUCUAUGGUCUCCCAGCUGUCAACCAAAUACGGAAAUGGCUUCUCCUAUUGCCUCCCAACAGUGAGUGGAGGCAGUGGAGGCUCGUUGUCCAUAGGAAGGGAUUCGCUGACGGGACCACCCUACAAGUUCACUCCAAUGCUUCCUAUUCAACAAGACCCGGGCUACUAUUUUUUGAAGCUGUCCGCGAUUGUAGUGGCGGGCAGGACACUGCAGGGAGUGUCUGAGGCCGACUACAACAUUCCAACAAUACUAGAUUCAGGGACGACGCUCACGUAUCUGCAUCCGUCGGUAUAUGCAGCUCUCCGCGAUGAGUUCAAAAAGAUCUUGUCCUCCAAGCACGAGGCUCUCCCGAGUAAUUCUAAUGCGUGUUAUCAAGGUAGUUUGAAGGAGUUGUCAGCAGAUGUGCCUGAAGUUCGGUUGGUGUUUGAAGGAGAGGCUGAACUCACUCUUGCUCCUCAAAACAUUCUUAUUGAUAGGAGCGGCGGAUUUACUUGCUUGGCCUUCGGGACACUCGGCCCCAACUUAGCGAUUGUUGGAUACAUUCAGCAGCAGACGUAUAGUGUGGCUUAUGAUGUCUCCAAUUCAAGAUUUGGUUUUGCUGCUGGGGGCUGCAGCUAG